CGUUUCCUGAACUGCGCAUGCUUAGUAAAAAAAAAAUAUAUAUAUUUGCUUGGACGAUUGUGCUUCAAGUUUUUUGAGGUUAUGUUAAGGUUGGUUUUAAUUUUUCCUUGUUGGCACAGCUAUUAUUUUUGAAAAUUACAUUAUCCAAAUUAAGGUUUUAAAGCGAGUGUUUUCUGAUCAUGGCUUCACGUGCUGGUCCCAGGGCAUCAGGAACAGAUGGCAGUGACUUCCAGCACCGUGAGAGGGUAGCCUGCCAUUACCAAAUGAGUGUGACUCUGAAGUCUGAGAUCCGUAAGCUGAACUAUGCCCACGUGCUCCUCUGGCUCCUGGUUGCAACUCAGGUGACCGUGAGCUACUUGAAGCUGGUUUCUCACGAUGUGGUGGCCUCACCUUACCAGUGGGAGUACCCCUACCUCAUGAGUGCCAUUCCCACAGUGUUCAGCUUUAUGUCCCUUCCCCGAAACAACAUCAGCUACCUGGUGAUCUCGAUGGUCAGUGCCGGGCUCUUCAGCAUCGCGCCUCUGAUCUAUGGCGGCAUGGAGAUGUUCCCAGUGGCCCAGCAGCUCUACCGGCACGGCAAGGCCUACCGCUUCAUCUUCGGCUUCUCGGCCGUCUCUGUCAUGUAUCUGGUGAUGGUGGUUGCAGUGCAGAUCCAUGCUUGGACACUCUACUACAACAAGCAGCUGCUGGACUCCUGGUUUACCUCCACACAAGAGAAAAAGAAGAAAUGAAGAAAUCAAAGAGGAUUACUUUUUAAAAAAUUGUUUUGAGAUGAAUUAACAGAUGUUUGGGUUUUUUUUUUUGGCUCCCCAUAUCUCCAUUAAACACCAUGUAUUUAUCUUUUUGCAAGAAAGCCCACAAAGGCAGCACACACACACACACACACACACACACACACACACACAC